AUGAGUUUUUCAGAUCUGCCGUUGGAGCUCGUCCAACGGAUCUGCGACUACUAUGUCACCGAGUUCCGUGAAGCGCCUAUGGAUGACGAGCGCUUUCACUGUUGGCCUGGCGAUCUACGAACGAUAUGUAGGAAAUUUGACAACGCCAUUCAGCCACUAAUAUUCGAAAGAAUUACGUUCAACUUUCGGGCGGAGCAAUUCUAUGGGAUUGAGACCCAGGUGAAAGAUCUUGCCAGCUCCCAAUGCCCAGCUCAUUUAUUUACGAAAUGUCUUCACAUCUAUGCCCUCCGGGAUCUCCGGUUUACGCCUGACACGUUCCAUGGAAGCGGCCAGCUCGGCUCUUCGUUGACAUCGCCCUGUUUCGAGGAGUUGCUCACAAAAGCCAUAAGGAACCUUAAAAAUUUGCGAAGUCUGUUUUGGCGCAUUUGGGACGAGUACCCAGUUCCUUUGGUCAUCGAUGCACUCCUCUCGCUUGAAUCUCUUACGAGUGUCAGUAUCAGAUAUCCUGACCUUCAUCUCUCCGGCUUCCCAACAUUUUCUUUUUCAAACCUCACCCACUUUUCUUUAUCGGUUGGAAGUCCAAACUACCCCGGGGCGCGCACUGAGCCGGACACCAUUAUUGAACAAAGGGAUUCGUUGCUGCGACAACUCGAAGAUCUUGUGCUCAGGAGUCCUAACCUCGCCCGCCUCUCUGUAUCACUGGAUGAACGGUUUUGGCACCCUGUUACAACAUUCCUAUUGACCGGAACUCUCGAGUCGGCUACUCAACUCGAAAUCCUCAAGCUACGCGGAGUCCAGAUCUCAUCGGCCAACCCCAUAAACACUCACAAGCUUUCCACCUUGACUAUAACAUCGUGUGGGGCACCAUCGUAUACAGCUCUCUUGGAUCAACUAAUGGAUACCAAUGUUCAUCUGCGAGUUUUGAAAUGCGGAAUGGUCACUAAAGCUUUGAUCAAUUAUAUAAAUUCAUAUUCAGGCGUCGAGAAGUUGUCUUUGGAGCUAGCGGAAAUUUUCUAUGACGAUGAAGACGGUGACGAAGCGGGGGAUCAGGAGACUUUACCCACCCCUGGGGUUUCAACCUCUGGUGUAAGAACCCCGAAUGGACGGCUUUCGGGUAAAUUUGGAUCGAUCCUUCAGAAACACCAGGAUACUCUGGCAGAACUUUCAGUCAGGGUUCCCUACGGAGGCCCAUGGUGCGUUACGAACCAAUGGGCAGACGCUUUAGUCUCCUGUGUGAAGCUUGUUUAUCUUGGAAUCACACUUCCCUCUGAACGUUUGUGCGAUUUUUCGCAGGAUGACGAUACCACCAUCGGUGUUGUACAUGUCAAGAACAUUAUUACUACGUGUUCAACCCAUCUGAGAGCGCUCAAGCAUCUCAGAAUAUUUUCCUCCAACGUUCCUGGUUUUCGUGACCGUUAUCGGCGUCGUCGUGUGUCAGCGCAAAUCGAAGAUAUGAUAUCCCGCACUAUAUGCGAACUGGAGAUACCGGACCCAGCAGUGUACUCAUUUCAAAUUCGGAAAGGAUGUAGGGUUUACGAAGUCCAGAAGGGUGACGAAGCGGUUUAUCGGUACUGUGAAAGGAGACUGGAUCCACAGCUGGUCUCCAAUCAAUCAGAUUCUGAGUCUGAUUAUGAUCUAUAA